UCUAGAUGGGUCAUAUAGCCAAAUACUCGUUACACACGAGUGCGAGGAGAGCUGCGGCCACAGCACUAUAAAGGGUCUCAGGAGAUCGCCCUCUUUGCUCCAGCCCAGCACUCAUCUUUUGCUUUCCCACUACCAUCCAUCUCCGAGAAUUCAAACAAUGUCUGCUUUUGCCACCAAAGGAUUCAACGCCAACCGCUACCUGAGCCUUCGCCCGACGUACAACAGCAAUCUAUUGGCCUGGCUGAACAACUACCACGCCGGGCCCAAGGCCAGGGCGGCCGAUAUUGCCUGCGGGCCAGGAAUCUUCACCACCGAUCUGGCGCGCGAAUUCGACAGCGUCAUUGGCGUCGAUCUGUCCCCGAGCAUGAUUGCGUCGGCCCAGGAGAGCGCUCACGCGCGCGACAUCACCAAUGUCGAAUACAAGGUCGGCACCGGUGAAUCGCUCCCGAUCGAGAGCAACUCAGUCGACCUGCUAACGGUCAUGGAGGGCGUGCACUGGUUCAAAUUCGACACAUUCCUGGACGAGGCUCUGCGCGUGCUGAAGCCCGGCGGCACCAUGGCCCUGGUCGGGUACAAAUACCCAGAGGUGGUUGGCGACACGACGCGCAGUUUCGUCAACAGGCUGGCGUUCGACGAGCAGUAUCUGCUAAAGUACUGGGACGACGGAUAUAAGCUUGUCGAGGGCGGGUACCAGCCUCUGGUUGCGCCUGUCAAGGCCUCUGCAUUUGAAAAUGUCCGGUAUGUUGGAUACCCAGAGGUCUGGAAGCAGCGCAUCCCGGAGAUCGAGGUACUGCCAGAAGCGUGGAUUGACCAGCGCCAGUCCACAUUGGAGGAGCUCGCCGGCUACUUCAAAACAUGGUCGGGGUACAAGGCAUGGAUGGACGAUCCACCCGGGCGAGCCAGAUGUUCGUCGACAAGUACUUUGAACAGCACAUGGAAUCAGCUGAACAAGACCCUGACCGACACCGUCGCCAUCGACUACCCGCAGUUUGCGAUCGUUGCACGCAAACCGCUUUAG